AUGCCCCAAAAUAAAAUUCAAACAAUAAAACCAGCUCAUUUUUUAAGAGAUAAUCUUCUUAACUAUCCAGAAUCAAAAAUAUUUAGAGAAUUGAUUCAAAAUGCAGAAGAUGCUCGAGCUGAUACAGUCAUAAUAAAGGUUGAUGAAGGCUCAUAUCCAAAUAAUGGGUUAUUAAUUUCAAAUGAUAACCAAGAAAUUCAAAGUUCAAAAGAAUUAUUAGGUCCAUCAAUUUUAAUUUAUAAUAAUGCAACUUUUCAAAAACAUGAUUGGGAAGGAAUUUGUCAAAUUAGUCAAGGUAGUAAAAAAGAAAAUCUAAAAAGUGUUGGCAAUUUCGGUUUAGGUUGGAAUAGUGUUUAUCAUAUAACAGAUAAUCCAAUUGUUUAUAGUGGUAAUAAUGUUUGGUUUGCAGAUCCAAAUGAGAGAAUGAGUGGUGGUUUAUUCUUUGAUUUGGAUGAUGAAGAUGAUUAUAACAAAUGUCUUAGUUUUUUAGAGCCAUUCAUUCAAUUUAAAGAAUCAAAUUGUAACCCAAAAGAAUAUUUUAAUGGUACAAUCAUUCGUCUACCAUUGAGAAUAUAUCCAAGUGAAAUCAAAAAAGCUGUAUUAACAAUGGAUGCCAUAAAGAAAAUUUUAAAUGAAUUUUCAAAAGAUAUCAAUGAAAUAUUGAUUUUCUUAAAGAGUUUAGCAUCAAUUACCAUCAUUGUUAAUAACCAGAUAAUCAACUCGGUUUCUAUAUCAAAUUAUUCCAAAAUUAAAGAGAAAAGAGAAAAGGUAUCUUUAUUCUUAGCAAACAUUGUAGAUAAUGAAAUGAACAAUCCAAGUAGUGCUGUAGAAUUAGCUGAAAUUUUAUGUAGUAAUAAAUCACAAUCAAAUUGUGAAUCUACAUUUCAAAUUGAUUUAGAAAUUUAUAGAAAUGGUGCCAGUCAAUUAAUUUCAUACUUGGUUUCACAAGGUAUCUAUAUUGAUAGGAAAUUAAUUGAAUUAGUUAAAAAGAAUAAAGAAAUCAAACUCAUAUCAUAUGGUGGUGUAGCAGUUCCGAUCAGUUUAGAUGGUCCAAUAAAUUUCAAAGGUAAACCAUUUACAUUUUUACCAAUUGGAGCAUUAGUUUAUGAUAUUCCUUUACAUGUCAAUGGUUACUUUAGAUUAAGUAAUGCAAGAGAUAAUAUCAUUUAUUCUCUAACUGAAGUUGAAGAAGCAUCUGAAUCAUUAUCAAAACAAUGGAAUAUGUUUAUAUCAGAAACUAUUAUUCCUUAUUUCUAUGUUAAAUCGUUGGAAUAUUUAAAAUUAAAUUAUGGUGGCGAACUAUACAAUUAUUUCCCAUACAAAUGUAACAAUCAAAAUUAUCAAGGUCAAAGCCCAUCAUAUGAUAUAUCAAUCACUACAAUGAAAUCAAUUAUUGGUGGUAAAUACUUUUUGAAUUAUUUCAAUCCCUCAGAGUAUUUACCAUUGAAUGGUAGUUUAAUUAUUUCAAGUUCAGAUAUGCCACCAGAUUUCAUUUUAACCAUAUUAAAAGAACGUAACAUUAAAACAAUCAAAUUAUCAAAUGAAUUAUUAAACCAUUUUAAUAAUUUAAGAAUUCCAUUAACUUGUUAUUCAAAACAAUAUUUAUGUAGUCUAUUAGUUUCAUCACCAUUAAAACAAUACUCUGAAGAUGUUAUCAAUUACAUUUGUUGCACUGAAAUCGUUCAAGGUGGUCAUUUAAAUAAAGUCAAAAUUUUACCAACAAAUCCAAACAAAAAUACAUUAGAUUGUUUAAAAUUAUCUCAAACACUCUCAGAUAUAUGUAAUAAUACAAAUCAAUUCCUUUGCAUGAGUGAUCAAGUCUAUGAUCUCUUAUUCGGUUACCAUGGCCAAAGCUUGACCUAUCAUUUAAAACUAUCUACAAUGCCACCAAACUUUAGAAAAUUUAUUUCACUAAUUUGUGAAAAAUAUUCAAAUAUUAAAGAAAUUAAACUUUCAAAUUUUCUCACUAGUCUCAAAUCUUUAAGCAGCCAGUUUUUAAAUGAAAAUAUAAUAACAGUUUGGAAUUGUAUCAAAGAAUUAGAAAAAAAUGAAACUUUACAAUUAUCAAAAAUUAGAUCCAUACCAAUUGUUCCAUUUAGAUCGAGUACAACUCAGACUGGCGUAACUAGUUAUGAUAAAUCUUCAUUGUUAAUGUACAGAUCAAAAUUUUUACCAAUUGAACCAAUCUUAAACAAAUUAAAUAUAUAUUUAGUAGAAGAAGAGCAUCAAUUCAAUAGUUUAUUAAGUGGAAAUGAUCAAAUUUCAAAAAUGUUAGAUUAUCUUCAAAAGGUAUAUUUAUCAUUAGAUUCAGAUGAAAUUGAUAAAUUAAGAAUUUUUUUAGUCGAAUUGAUUCACCAAGCUUCUUUAUCAAAAGCUGAUAUUUCAAUUUUUUAUAAUUUACCAAUUCACCCAUGCAUUGGAAGCAGUGAUCAAAAGUUUAGUAGUAUUACAUAUAAAAGCAUAUGUGUGGACUAUGAAAAAAUUGAUCAAUAUGAAAUUAAAGGAUUGAAAUUAAUAAAGGUUAAUGAAUUAUCAAAAUAUAAAAGCAUUGUCGAUUCUAUUCCAACAAAACAAAUUUUUAAAGGUGAAAAACAGAUUUAUAGGUUUUAUUUAAUUCCAAACAUUGGUUCCUUUGAAUUAAAUGUUUCAAUUGAAAUUAUUACAAAAUUUUUAACUCUUUAUGGUAAUCAUUAUGUCGACGAUGGUGAAUUAAGAAAACUAAAAUUUAUUCCAUCUGAAAAUGGUGUUUAUUCAACUCCUGAUUCAUUUUAUGUUUUAGGUCCACUUGAAAGGGAUUUAAUAAGAAAUUUCGAACCAUCUAAAAUUUUAAAUCAAUCUUUGGAUGGUUUAACUGGUUAUUUAUCUAAAUUUGGCUUAAAAUUUAAACUAUCAGAUAAACAUAUAUGUUCAAAGGUUAUUGAUUUUCUUUCAAAUCAAGAUUCAAUAGAAACCUAUAAAAAUUUUAUGGAUUAUUUAAAUCAAAGAGGUGAGAAUAUUGGUGAUUCAUUAAUUGAUUUCAAAGAUAUCCCAUUUAUUCCAUCCAGUGAAUUCGAUACCUAUGAUGGAUUUGGCUCAAAUGAAUCUAAAAUUUCAUUAUCAGAGUGUACACUAUCAAGUUAUAAAGAUUGUUUAUUCACUGUAAAAACUCCAAUUAAAGUAACCAAAAAUUACAACAACCCCAUUAACAAAUACCUAUCAUCAAAUUUAAAUGAUAACAUUAUUCAGCAUUUGAUUAAUUUAAAUUCUAUGGAAUUCAAUGAUGAAACAUCAUUCGAUCCAAAUAUAAUUUUCCACAAUACCUAUAAAGAAAUUGAUUAUUUAAUUAAAAAUUUCAAACUAAAUGAUGAACAAAAAAAGAAAAUCUCUCAAAUUCAAUUAAUUUGGUUAGAUGGCCAAUUAGUACCAAAAGAAAAAAUAUUUUAUAAUAGUCCAAACCCAAAUUUAGAUUUUAAACCUUACUUCUUUGUAACCAAACCAAAACAAGAACAUCUCUUUAAAUUUUUAAAACUAAAAGAUAAACCAGAUUUAAAUGAUUUCAUUAGAUUAAUCAAAUCUAUUCAAGAUACAUAUGAGAAAGAGAGCUCAAAUUCAAUAGAGUUAUUUGAAUUGGUUAUCUAUUCUCUCCAAAACCCUGCAUUCAAUAAAGAAUCACUUAUCGAUUCAAAAAUAAAAUUACCAACCACUGAUAAUCAAUUUGUUGAAUUUGAAAAAGUAAUUUACGUUGAUCAUUCAUGUUUACCUCAAGAAUUCAUUGAUUUAGGACACAGUGCAUUACAUAAUAAAAUUUCUGAAAACACUGCAUCAAAACUCAAUAUUAUCAAACUUUCUCAAUUGAUUCAAAGUCAAGUAGCAUUUGAUCAUUCAUUUGGACAAAAAGAAGAUUUAGUAGAUCGUUUGAAACAAAUUUUAAAUGAUUAUAAAGUAGAAGUAUUUUUAAAUGAAAUGGUUCAAAAUGCUCAUGAUGCUGGAUCAACAGAAGUAAAAUUAAUUUUAGAUUGUAAUUCUUUAAAACAACAAUUUUUAAAAGAAAAUCCAGAGAUAAGUACACUAUGUAAAGAUCUUCCAUCAUACUUUGAAAGUUCUUUACUUUUUUAUAAUAAUUCAGUAUUUACAGACGACGAUAUAAAGAAUGUUCAAGCAAUGACAGCAUCAAUUAAAAAGCAAGAUGAAAAGUGUAUUGGUCAACAUGGUUUAGGUAUUAAUUCAAUGUAUUCAUUCAGUGAUUGUCCAUGUAUAUUAAGUGGUGAAUAUUUGAUGAUUUUCGAUCCAUUCGUAACACAUAUCGGUCAAUCAAUAAACUAUUCACAUGGUGCUAAAUAUAAAAUUUCACAAUACAAACCAUAUUUAAAAUACUUUAAACCAUUUCAACAUUUACAAUCAAUUUUUGAUUUUGAUUUAGAUGAUGGUAAAUUCAAUGGAACAAUCAUUCGUUUACCACUUCGUAAGAUACAAAACGAUGGUAAUCGUCAUAUUAGUCCACAGAAAUGGAACGAAGCAAAUGUUUUAGAUUAUUUAAAAAGAGUAAAAGCAAGUAAUUUAGAAAAUUUAAUGUUUUUCACAAACAUAGAUUCUUUAGAGGUUUCAAUAUUACCAGUGGGAAGUAAAAAAUUAGAACAACAAAUUUCAAUUCAUAAAAAAUCAAGUUUAUCAUUAAUUACAAACCAAUAUAAUAAUUUAAUGAAUAUUCCAACACAAGUAUCAGAAUAUACAUUCACUAUUAUACCAUCAGAGAAAUCAAAGAUAACUGAAAAAUAUAUUAUAGGUCAAGUAAUUGAAGAAGAUUUCAAAGAUCUAUCAGAAUAUCCAGAUAAUAAAGCAUUGAAAUUUUUAUCAAUCUAUAAUAAUGAAAAAAGAAAACCAGUUGGAGGUGUCGCAUUUAAAUUACCAGAUUUCUCACUUCCUGAAUACAAAUUCACACCAAAAUCAUUUUGUUAUUUACCAUACAAAGAUUUAAUUUCAAAUAUUCCAGUUCACAUUCAUGCAAACUUUUCAACAACAAGUUCACGUGAUAUUUUAGAAAAUGCCAAAUCUUCAAAUUUAUAUAAUAUUGAAGAGAUACUCUCUAAAAAGGUUGAUCAAGUAAUACAACAAUCAGAUAGUUUCCAACUUUUUUGGAAUCAAUUAAUUGUAACUGAAAUUAUAGCACCACUCUACAUUAAUACAUUAACUCUUUUCAAAAACAAAUAUAUUAAAGGUAAUGAUAUAGAUAUAAUUUCAAAAUAUCAUGAUUUCUAUUACUCUCGUUUCCCAGUAUUAAGUGAUUCGUUGUCAAAUCAUUCAAUUCUAGAAAUGUUAGCAAAUAAGUUUUACUCAUUAGUAAAUUCAGAGAAUUCCGAUGUAUUCAUCCAUUACCCUGGUGUUGAAGUUUUAAAGAAACCAAAAGAUACAUUUUAUGCAGAGUUGAGUUUCUUCUUAUCAAAUGCAUAUUCAGAUUCAAUUUUAAAGUGUAUUAGUCACAUUGGUUUCAAUGUUAAUGUUUGUCCAUUUAAAAUUUAUUUUAGUUUUAAGUCACCAGAUAACUGGUUAACAGAAGAAACAAUAUCAAAUGCCUUGAAAGGAGAGAAUUUAAAUCCUCGAGUAAUAAAUACUCAAGAUAUUGCAAAUAUAAUAUUAUAUUUCUCAAAAAUGCCAGAAUAUCUAGAUAACUGCCAAGUAUUGAUUUUCAAUGAUAAAACAAGGGGUUUUGUUAAUAUUGAAAACAAAAUAAUAAACCAACUAUAUAACCAAACUCAUUUUGAAAUGACUCAAGAUGUUUUAAAUUUAAAAUUCAUUGACAGUGAACUUACCAAUAUUAUCAAAAUGUGUAAAAAUCCUCUCAUUUUGAAUUCACUUAAAACGAUUAACAUCUUUGAUUUCAACUAUGUUGAUUUUUAUUUCCACUAUCUCUUACCAAAUUUCAAUAUAUUAUCAGCUGAAAAAAAUAUCUCAUUUUUAAACAAAUUAUUGGAAUACUUUACAUUUGAAAAGAACUAUGAUUUUAAAUCAAUAGACCAUCUUCUAAUAUCUAAAGAUAGAAUAAAAAUACUAAAAGGUUCAAAAGUUUUUCCUUUUGUUAAAAAUGGUAUUCAAGAGUUUACUUUAAUUUCAAAAUUAUUCAAUCCAACAUUUAAACAACAUGAUUUCAUAUUAGAUUAUCCAGAUUUAGAUCAUUCAAAAGAAAAUAUCAAAAUUUUUAGAUAUUUAGGUAUCAGAGAUAUAUUAAAGAAAAAUGAUAUUGUAAAUCAAUUCAAAAAGAUAUCGUCAGAAGUUUAUAGUGGAAACACACCUUUGGAAACCUUAAUUGAAAGAGCACGUCUAUUAUGGAAAUCAGAAAAAUGUGUCAAAGUAUUUAAUGAAUUGAUAGAAUUAAAUAUUGUACCAGUCAAAGAAAGUAAUAUCACUGGUAGUAGAAAAAUAUCAUUAGGAUUGAUGCCAAUUACCCAAGUAUGCCACCAUCUCUAUGAAGAUCUAUAUUUUUCAGUAAAACUACUUCAAGAUGUAGAUAUUAAAUACCCACCAGGAUAUGGUCACAUUGACUGUGAAAAAAUAUUUGAAAAUUUCGUUAAUCUUCUUACAAACAUCAUAGAUUGGAAAGAAGUAAAAGUAAAUGGUAGUUUAGUAAUAGACCCCAAAAUCAUACAAAUGCUAAUAUCAAUGUGUGGUCAUUUAGAAAACUAUACUGGUAAUUUCUCAUCAGAACUUGUAGAAAGAAUUCAACGUAUCCCAGUAUUAAACUCUACAAUAUCUAUUGAAUUUACAAAUAUAGUCAUGGGAACUGAUGCAAAUAAUUUGAAACCAUUUUUCAAUAUUUUACCUUCAAAUUUUUCAACUUUUAGAAAUUUUUUCAGUAAAAUUGGUGUAAUAGAAUUAAAUCUAAACACAAUUGUAAUGGGAUUAAAUAGAUUUUUACAUGAUGAGAUUGAUACUGCCGAAGGAAUUAGAUCGUUAAACUAUCUCUAUGAAUUAUUAUUUAGUUUUGGUAGUGAAUUGGAAACAUUUAAAGAUGAACACCCAACAUUACCAGUUUUCACUAAAAAAAGAUUUAUAAAACCAUCCAAUCAAGUUUAUUCAUUCUCUGGUGUACCCACCGCAAGAAUUUAUACUGAAUCAUUUUAUGAAAUCCAUGAUUCAAUUAGAGAUAAUUAUAAACAAUUGGGUGUUUUAGAAUUAUCUUCAAUAUUAAGAGAAGAACUAGACAAUGAACUCACCAACCUUGAAAAUGAAGAUUUGGAGGAUUCAAUUGGAAAAUUUUUAAAUACCUUUAUUAAGGAAAAUCAACAAUUUAUUUCAAGAGUUAAUCAUCUACAGUUGAGUCAAAUCUUGAAAAUUACAGUUAAAUCAGGAGACAUUAGAACCAAAUUCAUUUUAAAUGGACAAGAUAUCACUAAAAACUCAAAAACCAAAUGUUUUUAUGAUCAACCAAAUUCAACUCUUUAUUUAGAAAAAGGUAUUUCUAAAAGUGAAGCAUUCAAUUACCUAUUUAAUUCCACUGGUUUGAAUGUAAACUCUUCAAUUGUAUCAAAUCUAGAAAGAGAGUUUGUAAAUGAUGAACCAAUUGUCGAUCCAGUUGAUAAUUUCUUGGCUCAAACUAAUCAAAAUGUGGUUGUUAAUUCUAUUGAUGACAACCAUACAACUUUAAUCCAAAAAAUUCAUUGUAGACACUACAACACCAUUGCACUAAGAAAUCGUGAAGCUGCUGAAACUUUAUUCUACAAUCAAUCAUUAAUUAGACAAUCAAUUUACUUUUACUAUGUUUCAACAGAUAUGCUACUAAGAAGUCUUUUGGUUUUUUAUUUUGAUAAUAAUAUUCCAGAUUCUCUUUCAAUUACUCGUAUGAGAGAUGUAUUAUCCAGAAAAUCAACUACAACCAUACCACACAUUCCAGAUCGUUUCAAUGAUUUCAAAGAAGCCCACUUAAAAACAACAAACAUCAAUAGUAAUGAUCUAAUUGAAUUUCGUUCAAUUACUUCUCAACUAUUAAACAUUUCUAAUCAAAUGAUGAAUUAA